GUGCGCGUACACUGCGUACAGGCAGCCCUGUAUGGAAAAUGGAGACGCUACACAAGCACUGGAAGAGCUAAAGAUCAAUAAGGCCUAGCUAAUACUCAUGUGAUUUGUAAGUCCAGACACACCGGUAUUAAUAGCACCCAGGUUGAAUCGCAGAUGGACACCGGCCAAGGCAACCAUGGAAAUCUUUGGGAAUUCAGAGCGCUUUACGGUUUUUCCACCUCUGGAACUGGGAAGUGACAACACGUCUCCGAUACUUUAAAUGCAACUUUUUCAUCCGGCUUAGGAUCACCGGCUUUCAGCGAACAUGAUUACAUGGACUCGUAGUUUUAGGUCGCAAGAAAUGAGCGCAAACUGAUCGGAGACAAAACGAUUAAGUUAACGUUAGUCUGCAUUCGUUGUGUAUUUUAGUUGUUCUUGAUUUUAAUCUUAAAAUUGUGGAUUUUACAAGUCUUAAUAGAUAUGGGAUUUUUUUAUACAUAAUUUAUAAAGUAGAUUAAUUUUUUUUUUUUUUUUUUUUUAACUACGAGACAACUUUAACUGUAAAAAUGAGAUCUCUUGCCCCGGGAAUCAAACUCAUUACUUCUUUCUCUAGAGACAGCUGGUACCGGUUCUUCAUCCUCCUCCUUACGUUUGUCUUCUACACCACCUACCACCUCUCUCGAAAGCCUAUCAGUAUUGUAAAGAGUCAGCUGCACAGAAACUGCUCUAAUGUUGUUCAUCCAGCAGACCUCAACAUCACUGACAAUGACACCUGGUGUGAUUGGGCUCCUUUUGACCAGAACAAUUACCAGAACUUGUUUGGAGUCUUGGACAACUGCUUUCUUGUUGCAUAUGCUAUCGGCAUGUUCUUUAGUGGGAUAUUUGGAGAGCGAUUGCCCUUGCGUUACUACCUGAGCUCAGGGAUGAUUCUCAGUGGCAUUUUCACUGCUCUGUUCGGCCUGGGCUUUUACUGGCAAAUCCACUCUUUGUGGUAUUACUGCAUAGUUCAGGCCUUAAAUGGGCUGGUGCAGACUACAGGCUGGCCGGCAGUAGUAGCGUGUGUCGGGAACUGGUUUGGGAAGGGAAAGCGUGGAUUUAUCAUGGGCAUCUGGAAUUCUCACACCUCAGUAGGAAACAUUCUGGGCUCCCUCAUUGCUGGAGCCUAUGUGUCGUCCGCGUGGGGCCUGUCAUUCAUUGUGCCUGGUAUCAUCAUCGCUGCUGCUGGAGUCAUCUGCUUUUUGUUCUUGGUUGAAAAACCUGAAGAUGUGAACUGUACUCAACCACAACACCAUGAGAGUGUGGAGCAGGAGCCUCUGCUGAGGAACUCGUCCAGUAAUGAGGAGAUCUUCAGCACUAACACCUCCACAGCCGCAGAGACGGUGGAGGAUCACACAGAAGCCAUCAGCUUCUGCGGAGCGCUCAGGAUUCCUGGUGUGAUAGAGUUCUCCUUGUGUUUGCUUUUUGCCAAGCUGGUCAGCUACACCUUCCUCUACUGGCUUCCUUUAUACAUCGCUAAUGUUGCUCAUUUUGAUCCUAAAAAAGCUGGUGACCUGUCUACGCUGUUUGAUGUUGGAGGAAUUGUGGGUGGCAUCCUGGCUGGACUGAUAUCUGACUACACUGGAGGCAGAGCCACUACUUGCUGUGCCAUGUUGAUCAUUGCUGCUCCAAUGCUGUUCCUGUUCAAUAAGAUCGGGCAGAACGGCUUGCCAACCACCAUAGGCAUGUUGCUGUGGUGUGGUGCUCUCGUGAAUGGACCCUAUGCCCUCAUCACCACUGCUGUAUCAGCUGACUUAGGAACCCAUGAGUGCUUGAGAGGGAACUCCAGAGCACUGUCCACUGUGACUGCCAUUAUUGACGGCACUGGAUCAAUAGGUGCCGCUGUUGGACCUCUGUUGGCUGGUCUGAUCUCUCCCACCGGAUGGAAUAAUGUUUUCUAUAUGCUCAUUACUGCUGAUGUGCUGGCCUGUCUGCUGUUGUCCAGGCUCGUGUAUAAGGAGGUCAGAGGAUGGUGUGGACACACAACAAGGCUGAGAGGAAACGGGGGGGGGGGGAACUCGUCCAGUAAUGAGGAGAUCUUCAGCACUAACACCUCCACAGCCGCAGAGACGGUGGAGGAUCACACAGAAGCCAUCAGCUUCUGCGGAGCGCUCAGGAUUCCUGGUGUGAUAGAGUUCUCCUUGUGUUUGCUUUUUGCCAAGCUGGUCAGCUACACCUUCCUCUACUGGCUUCCUUUAUACAUCGCUAAUGUUGCUCAUUUUGAUCCUAAAAAAGCUGGUGACCUGUCUACGCUGUUUGAUGUUGGAGGAAUUGUGGGUGGCAUCCUGGCUGGACUGAUAUCUGACUACACUGGAGGCAGAGCCACUACUUGCUGUGCCAUGUUGAUCAUUGCUGCUCCAAUGCUGUUCCUGUUCAAUAAGAUCGGGCAGAACGGCUUGCCAACCACCAUAGGCAUGUUGCUGUGGUGUGGUGCUCUCGUGAAUGGACCCUAUGCCCUCAUCACCACUGCUGUAUCAGCUGACUUAGGAACCCAUGAGUGCUUGAGAGGGAACUCCAGAGCACUGUCCACUGUGACUGCCAUUAUUGACGGCACUGGAUCAAUAGGUGCCGCUGUUGGACCUCUGUUGGCUGGUCUGAUCUCUCCCACCGGAUGGAAUAAUGUUUUCUAUAUGCUCAUUACUGCUGAUGUGCUGGCCUGUCUGCUGUUGUCCAGGCUCGUGUAUAAGGAGGUCAGAGGAUGGUGUGGACACACAACAAGGCUGAGAGGGUUCAAAGAGAUCUAAGCCGGCCGUGGAACAAGAGAAUAUAUCACACCUGCGACAGAAAAUUACCUGCAGCAUAACGACAAAAGGGGACCAUGGAUCGAUGCAACACACCAAGCCUUUUUAUGCCCAAGGGUUAUUUUAUAUGAAAAUUGUAACAUGAGACUUUCAUCCUUUUAAACUGACAAUGGAACAAAGCUCAGCUGCUGCAGUAAAGGAGAAGGGGAGUUACAAACACCCUUAUCCACACGUGGCCUGAGCGGGACAAAAACAACAGGAUCACUAAGCUUCUUCAUUUUAAUACAGAAUGUUUUUAGUGACUGCUCAAUCGAAAUGUAGCUUUUUUCUAGCAUUAAAAUAGGCCAUCGGUGCUUUGUCCUUUUA